AUGAACUACCCCUCCAUUCUCUUCAUAAUUGUCGAUGUCGAUGAAUACCUUCCCGCUCCAUUCCUGCUUUCUGGUACUUGCUCGCCUAAGAUCCACUCGCGCGAGCUUUCUUGGGGAAAUCUUGUUUUACAUUAUUUCAUUAUUUUAAGUGAUGAACAUCUGGAAGCGACGUAUCAGCAAGCGUUGAGAUUUCUCGAAAGAGGACGUGGACACGGUCCUGAGGGUAAAAAAGCUGCUUAUCGUCUACUCGAUCAAGCUGCACAGUCUGGACACACCGACGCUAUGAAGCUGAUGGCAUAUGCCCAUCUCUUCGGUGAUCGAGCGCGGUGGUCCAUUGCCGAAGCGAGAAAGAUUUUCGAGGAACUUGCUGAAAACGGCUCACCUGAUGCUCAGCUCGGUCUUGCUUUUAUGCAUGCCACAGGGCUGGGCAUGCCGAAAUCAAAUCAAGCCAAGGCCCUGGUGUACUACAUGUUCUCAGCGCUUGGUGGUAAUCCGCUUGCUCAAAUGGCCAUGGGUUACCGUUACUAUGCUGGUAUUGCGGUUCCUCAGAAUUGCGAGAAUGCAUUGUCGUAUUACGAAAAAGCUGCUCAAAAGGUUGCUGAAGGUUUCAAGUUUUCCACUGGUCUAGCAAUUCAGCGUAUAAGAUUGACCGAUGAAAUGGAACCAUCUUCGACAAACACAGUAACAGUUCCUAUGGACCAGAAUUUGAUUGAGUAUUACCGUUUCUUGGCUGAAAAAGGCGAUGUUUCCGCGCAGGUUGGACUAGGGCAGUUGUAUUUGACCGGUGGAAGAGGUGUUGAACAGAAUUUUGAUUUGGCUAACAAGUACUUCUCAUCGGCAGCUGAGUCGGGUCACGCUGGUGCUUUUGCUUUUCUUGGAAAAAUGUAUCUUGAUGGUACUCACAUCACUCCUCAGGAUAAUACAACUGCGUUCAAUCUUUUCUUGAGGAGCGCGGAUAAGGGAAACCAAAACGGACAAGCUGGAUUAGGCGUAAUGUAUUUGCAAGGUCGAGGUGUUCGCAAGGAUUACGAAAAAGCAUAUCGCUUAUUUUCGUUAGCCGCUGAACAAGGAUGGGUAGACGCUCAGUUGUAUCUUGGCGAAAUGUAUUUCAAGGGCCUCGGUGUGAAGAGAGAUUUCAAGGCAGCUUUGAAAUAUUACCAAAUGGCAACUCAAAACGGGCACAUUCUCGCAUCGUAUAAUCUGGCACGAAUGCACUCUUCUGGCAUCGGAGUGUUAAGGCAAUGUACUACUGCUGUUGAAUUCUACAAGAAUGUGGCUGAACGCGGUCGUUGGAGUGAACGCCUCAUGGAAGCCUACGCUGCUUAUAAGGAAGGACGUCGAGACGAAGCGGCUAUAAAGUACUUGUUCUUGGCAGAAUUGGGAUAUGAACCAGCACAAACGAAUAUUGCAUAUAUUUUGGAUAGAGGGGAAGCUGAUUCGCUUUUCCCAUCUUCUAAAGAAAACGUGCUCGAAAGAGCAAUCGUGCAGUGGCAACGUGCAGCGAAUCAGGAAUAUCCAUUAGCAAGAAUAAAACUCGGUGAUUACCACUAUUAUGGAUGGGGUACGCCGGCUGAUUACCAGCAGGCUGCUCAACAUUACAAACUAGCAGUAGAACGUCAUGCUACUGCACAAGCCAUGUUCAAUUUGGGGCUCAUGCAUGAGCAGGGCCUAGGAAUCACUCGAGAUCUUCACUUAGCGAAACGUUUCUAUGACAUGGCGGCUGAGCAGAGUUCAGAUGCCGCCGUUCCGGUAGCGCUAGCCUUAGCUAAACUGACUGUGCUCUUCAUACUUGAACAAAUAAAUAAGAAUCCUGUUAUACAACUACUGGAGAGGUACGUGGGACCUAAUUGGGAUAUUGUAGCGAUGUCGAUCUUAGCCGGUGUGCCAGUGAUCAUCUUCCUUAGUAUUUAA